CAGAGAAGUACCGGGCAUGCGCAAAGGAGUCCUCCGCGCUCGACCGCGCUCAUAAGAGAAAAUAGCGUGUGUGGUUCUUGACGCGCCGCGAACCUUCGAACACAAGUGUGAUACUACCCUGCGAGGAAGCGUUCCAGCGACUCGCCUCUCCCCGCCGUCGCAGUCACCACCGCGACCUGCUGUUUCGCCCCAGGCUCGAUGCCCUUCGCAGGCCCAUCUCAUGGCCCUCGUGUCUGCUGAUUCCCGAAUUGCAGAGCUUCUCACAGAGCUCCACCAGCUGAUCAAGCAAACCCAGGAAGAGCGUUCGAGGAGUGAGCACAACUUGGUGAACAUCCAGAAGACCCACGAGCGAAUGCAGACGGAGAACAAGAUUUCUCCGUAUUACCGGACAAAGCUGCGUGGCCUCUAUACAACUGCCAAGGCUGAUGCUGAGGCCGAAUGCAACAUCCUCCGCAAAGCACUGGAUAAGAUAGCGGAGAUCAAGUCUCUGUUGGAAGAGAGGCGGAUUGCGGCCAAGAUCGCGGGUCUCUACAAUGACUCAGAGCCGCCAAGGAAGACCAUGCGCAGAGGGGUGCUGAUGACGCUGCUGCAGCAGUCGGCCAUGACCCUGCCCCUCUGGAUUGGGAAGCCUGGUGACAAGCCCCCACCCCUCUGUGGAGCCAUUCCAGCCUCAGGGGACUAUGUGGCCAAACCUGGAGACAAGGUGGCUGCCAGAGUGAAGGCUGUGGAAGGGGACGAGCAGUGGAUCCUAGCUGAAGUAGUCAGUUACAGCCACGCUACCAACAAGUAUGAGGUAGAUGACAUUGAUGAAGAAGGCAAAGAGAGACACACGCUGAGCCGUCGGCGAAUCAUCCCACUGCCCCAGUGGAAGGCUAACCCUGAGACAGACCCUGAGGCCUUGUUCCAGAAGGAGCAGCUGGUGCUGGCCCUCUAUCCCCAGACCACCUGCUUCUACCGUGCCCUGAUCCACACCCCCCCACAGCGGGCUUCCUCUUGACUCCAAAGCUCAAGAGGUAGGCAGGUGCAUCUAGGGCUCAGGGCAAGGAGAGGCUGCCCUGGCACAGAAGCAUCUUGACCAGGCCUUCCUGUGUGCGUCCCUCAGCCUCAGGAUGACUACUCAGUCCUGUUUGAAGACACCUCCUAUGCAGACGGCUACUCCCCUCCCCUCAAUGUGGCCCAGAGGUACGUGGUGGCUUGUAAGGAACCCAAGAAAAAGUGAAGCGAGCUGGCAGCCUCAUGGGAGAAGACAACAAAGAAGUUCCUAUAAUCAAAUAAACACUCUUUCCCCUCA